GGAACCUUCUAGAAUGGGACGUGUGACUGUCCGUUACGCGCCCGUCCGACACCCCUCCUUCCCCUCUGUUACGUCAUCAGCCGCCUCCUCGAGUCACCCAAGACCCUGCUCGGUGUUGGCCGGGUAGCCCCUAGGCAUCGCCUGAGGCACCUCCUUCAUAGACCGGCGGCGGUUUGUGUGGCCACCUAAGGCUUGGAACACGCCGGGGAAUGGGCGCUUGCGGAUGACGUAAUCAUCCGGGGUUGUCGGCUCAGAAGGCCCCGCAGUGUGUAAGCGGUCUAUGCGAGGCGGCUGGGAGCGCGGCCAUGCGUGGGGGUGGGGAUGGCAGCCGCAGUAGAGCAGAGGAUGUGGGGCGCUGGUUUCCGUGCAGAACCAGGCACCCUGCACUAGCUCGGUCCCUGCGCGGGGCGCAGCCAUGCUGUGGCUCCCAGUUCAGAGGCUUAUCCCGGCUGUGAAGGUCUUGUGCAGCUUCUCAGGAUGCAAGUCCUGUUUCUUUCGGAGAUUAUCCAUCCAGCCUGCCCAGCAGAGGAAGAUUCCAAACAGGUACCUGGGACAGCCCAGCUCCUUCACACAUCCACACCUUCUCAAACCAGGGGAGGUAACACCGGGAUUGUCACAGGUGGAAUAUGCUCUACGCCGACACAAGCUGAUGACUUUGAUCAAGAAAGAGGCACAAGAGUGGGGUGGGGUGGACCACACAGUGAUUCUGCUAUCCAACCCCACCUACUACAUGAGCAAUGACAUCCCAUACACCUUCCACCAGGACACCAACUUCCUGUAUCUGUGUGGGUUCCAGGAACCUGACAGCAUCCUGGUGCUGCAGAGUUUGCCUGGCAAGGCACUGCCAUCCCACAAGGCCAUGCUCUUUGUACCACGGCGAGAUCCAAGCCGAGAGCUGUGGGAUGGGCCACGAUCAGGCACUGAUGGGGCAGUAGCUUUGACAGGAGUGGAUGAAGCUUACCCCAUAGAGGAGAUUAGACACCUGGUAACUAAACUGAAAGGUGAAUCGAACAUGGUUUGGUAUGAUUCUGCAAAGCCAGUGCACACACAGCUCCACUCUGACUACCUGCAGCCUCUGGCCGAGAUCAAAGCUGGGAGCAAAAACUGCAUCCGGUCUAUUCAUCAUCUAGUGCAACAACUCCGGAUGAUCAAAUCUCUUGCAGAGAUCGAGAGGAUGAAGGUUGCCGGAAGGGUGACAUCAGAGGCUUUUAUAGAGACAAUGUUUGCCAGCAAAUCCCCAGUGGAUGAAGCAUUUCUGUAUGCUAAGUUUGAAUUUGAAUGCCGGGCACGAGGGGCUGACAUCUUGGCUUACCCACCUGUGGUCGCUGGUGGCAACAGGUCCAACACCUUGCACUAUAUAAAAAACAACCAGCUUAUCAAGGAUGGAGAAAUGGUCUUACUGGAUGGUGGAUGUGAGUCUUCCUGCUACGUAAGUGACAUCACUCGUACCUGGCCCAUCAAUGGCAGGUUUGCUGAUCCCCAAGCAGAGCUGUACCAGGCUGUCCUGGAGAUCCAGAAGUCCUGCCUGAGCCUCUGCUCUCCUGGUGUGAGCCUGGAGAACAUCUACAGCCUCAUGCUGAGCCUUAUGGGACAGAAGCUGAAAGAGCUGGGGAUCCUAAAGAAAAGCACCACUGAGAACCACCUCUUCAAGGUUGUUCAGAAGUACUGCCCGCAUCAUGUGGGCCAUUACCUGGGUAUGGAUGUUCAUGACACACCAGACAUGUCCCGAUCACUCCCACUCCAGCCAGGCAUGGUGAUAACCAUUGAGCCAGGCAUCUACAUCCCCCAGGAUGACAUGGCUGCCCCAGAGAGGUUACGUGGCCUCGGUGUGCGCAUUGAGGAUGACGUUGUGGUGACGGAGGACGUGCCCCUGAUCCUGUCUGCAGACUGCCCCAAAGAAAUCUAUCAUGUCGAGCAGAUCUGUGGCCGCAGCCUGUGAUCGCUCUCCUCUGCCUUAUACACCCUCCAUGGGUUCCUCAGGAAACGUUCUCCCCCAUAGGCAUGCAGUGAUCUAUAUUUCUGUGAAUGGACCUGGUUGUAGGGCAGCGAGGGUGGGAGGUUGGUAUGGAAGUUGUUGCUGUGGGGAUUCUGUAGUUAGGACAGGGAAUUGGAUUGUUAAUGGCUCAGGUAACAUGACUGUUAGAAAGCGAAGAACCAUUUAUUUACAUAGUUAAUGUCUGUUCUAGUUAGUGCUGAUUUAAAGAUCUAGAAUGCAGGAGGCGGAUCUCUCUACUCCUGUUCUCGUGCAGGACCGUAGCGCACCUUCCCCCCUCUGCCCCCCCUUCUUCCUUGCGGGUCCUUGAACAGGAUGCAGUGGCUGAGGGCCAGGUGCCACACGUUGUCCUUUGCUGGCCAUUUCACACCAGCCCACUCAGACAUGGAUUUGAAGUGAAAACGAUCAAAAGUUUGUCUGGGAGAGGGGGCAAGUGGGUUGUUUUGGGCUUCUGUCGAGCAAUGACAAGAGGGGUUUUGGGAGACUGGAAGAUGGGGUCAGGUUGUGGGUAUUUUGUAUUGAUGCAGAAGGGUUUUAGCAUCUAGGGAAGAGAAUAUGUUAGGCUCUCUUUCUAGGAGGUUUGAGAGAGAUUGGCAAUAGGAAGGAGGGGUCAUCUGAAGGCAUACAGCAGGGUUUGGUAGUUGGGAGAGGGGACUGACUGGGUUCAGCGCAUGUUUGGACUGCCCAUUCAUUCAGCCUUCUGGUCUCUACCCCUCCUUCCCCCCCCCAGAUUCUCAGCUCCAGACUUCCACUCUACCUUCCCCACACCCUACCCCCAGUUCUUCUACCUGAGAUCAACUUGAUUGCACUGGUCUUCACUGAUGAGCUGCCGUCUCUCUAGUUCAAAUAUGUGUACAUUAGUGUACAACUGUGUCUGGGACCGUCAAAAUCCCAUCCAGUGCUUGAAUGGCAGGUGCAGGCAACCACACCAAUGCCCCUCAAGCAGCCCAGAAUGUAUUUUGUAACUUGUUAAGAGAGAGAAAAAUAACCUCUGGUAGGGGGUUCCAGUAGUCUCCCCUUUGAAAGUUUUUUUUUUUUUUGAACAUAUAGGUCACCUGCCUUUUGGUGAUUUCCAAGUUUGUUUGUUUGUUUUUAAUUUUUUUAAAAAAAAGGUCUUUGACGAUAUCUAUGACCCAGGUAUAAAUGUGACCCCUUGCCUUCAAGGGUAGAUGAAUGAAUUUGCAGGUUCUAGAGAAGAGGAUGAAUCCUAAUUCUCCAUUUCCUUUCAACAUUCAGUCCAUUUCAAAAAGUGGUAAAAAUGUAUCUAUAAUACAUAUAUACUGUGUUUGGUUAUUUAUUGGUCAUAUUUUGGCAAUUAGCUUUCUAUUUAAUGCAUUGUGAAAAAUAUCACUUACUACAAUGCAUAUCCCUUGUUUUAUUUAUACAUUCUUUUGCUUCACUCCAGUCUUUUUCCUCUUCUAAAGUAGAUCUCCCUGUAUUUUUCUCCUCUGUUGUUUCCAGUGUAUGUUGUUACUUUUUUAUUUAGUUCUCUCCUUUCCCUGUGCUUGCUUUCUAUCUUUCUUUUUUCCAAAAUUUAACUUCCUAAUCCCCAUGCUUCUCUUUUCUAAUCGAUCCCUCAGUCUCUCCACCAACUCAGCCACAUGACUCUAGCAAUUAACAUAUAGGACUGGGAGUCAGGACUCCUGAAUUCUCUUUCUAGCUCUCUGCUGAUUUUGUGUGACCUUUGGCAAAACCUUCUAUACCUCUCUGUGCUUUGUUUUCCUCUUCUGCAAAAUCUACUUACCUCUUUCAGGUGGGUGUUGCAAGACUUGCUUAAUUAGGGCCAAAUUGUGCACCCUAGUGGAUGUGUGCAUCUCCCAUUGCCUUCAAGGGGAGAUGGGUACAUGCAUCCAAGGGAUUAAUUUGACCCUUUAAAGGCUUCUAACUUAGCUGACCUGUUGUGUUUGUUUUGUUUUUUUUAAAUAAGCAAGGGAAAAAAAGUGAUGCUUUUAGUGAGUUUUACAGAUCAAUCUAUACCUAUUUAAAAGAAUCUACUAUAUUUUGAUUAUAAUAAUUUUGUUAAAUCACAGAUACUUCAGUGACAAGUACAAUAUAAA